CACUCAGUGUUUGUUUACCAAAGUCCUUCUCUUUACGAUACUCUUUUUUCGACGACUAUCUUUCAUCAUGCGUUUCUCUACUACCUUCCCGCUGGCGGCUUUCGUUGCUCUUGCCAAAGCACAUGGUGUGAUUUUGGCCGCUCAGGGCGAGUCUGGUUCGCCACCAUCUGUCGGAUUCGGAGUCAACCCUGAAAUCGCCCGCAACUGCACCACCAUCAACCCCUGCCAGCUUGACUCGGUCAUCAUGCGCGAUGCCGAGAUCAAGGCAAACCUGGUCAACAACUGCGGCCGUACGCAGCUUACAGGCAACAUCGACAUUGCCGAGAACACCGAGGCAGCGCUGGCUGAGGGCGCCGUAACCAAGGUCAAGGCGGGCAGCAAGAUCACCGUGACAAUCCACCAGGUCAACGCCGACGGCGCCGGCCCCUAUGUCUGCGACUUGGACGAGACCUCCAACUCGGGCAAGAUCAGCCAGAAUCUGACUGUCACCAACAACGUGCCCGGAGCCAACGGUAUCUCGCAGAACAAGAUCCAGGAGUUCAACUUUACCGUGACGAUGCCGGAUAACUUCCAAUGCACUGGCGCCUCCACGGGUAACAUCUGCACUGUCCGUUGCCGCAACAACGCCGUCGCCGGUCCCUUCGGUGGCUGCUUCGCUGUCCAACAAACCGACGUCAAGCCGACCCUCAACACGCCCGACAACAUCCAGACCUUCAAGAACAUCAAGGACAUUGAGGACGAGCGCUUGAUCAGCGUGGCCACCCUGCCGAUUGCCGCGGAAGCCAACCGCAAGGCCGGCUCAAGCGAGGCGCAGCAGAACGCCGCCGCCGUCAGCGCCAUUCUUGCCGCCGGGUUUGUGAGCAAGUCCGCCCCCGUUCUGACCCCUACCGUGGUUCUGGGUGGUGGUGCUGCUGCCGCUCCUACGGCUACGAGUGCUGCUGGUAAUGGUGGUAACCGUGGUGGCAAUGGCAAGAACAACGGCGGAGCCAAUGCCGGAAAUGCUGCUAAGCAGGGAAAGAACAGGGGCACUCAGAACCAGAACCAGAACCAGGCCCAGAACAACCAGAAGCAGAGGCAGAGCCAGAACUAAAAGGCUAAAGGUGUAAGGUGGAGGACAACAAAAUCAUCCAGCA